AACGUCCUUCCCCGUCGUGUCGGUUGUUCGUGGUACGUACCGGUGUGUGGGGUUGUUCGUGAUAGUGGCCGUGUCGGUGGUUCGCUGGUUAAAGAGCCGGUGGAGCCUCCGUGGUGUCCGGUUAACCCUCUGCCGCUGCUGGUGUCCGGUUGACCGGGGGAUGCUGUGAUGUGAAGUGACAGGUCUGGUUGCGCUAUGCUAACUGCAGCUAAGGUGAUACUGAACUGAAGUCAGUGUGGAGUACAAGUUCAGGAGUGAAUGAGGACAGACGGUUCAUCAGCAGGCCCUGAGCUGGCUGAUCCCACAGAGGAGAGGAAAACCUUGUUUUGGGUGAAUGUGAGGGGGCUUUGGACAACCGUGGCCUGAAGGCAUUUCGAUUUCUCUGAGAUGUCACUCAGACAAGCAGGAGGGAUGUCCAUCGCACAGGCUUUGGCCAUGACCGUGGCGGAGAUACCGGUCUUUCUAUAUUCCACAUUUGGCCAGUCCAUCUUUUCUCAGCUAAAACUUACACCAAACUUGAAGAGGGUGCUCUUUGCCACAGCGAUAGGCAGUGUUGCUCUGGCUCUCACUGCUCAUCAGCUUAAGAGGCGGGGGAGAAAAAGGAACCAGGCAACACAACGGAAGGAGGGCCAGAAGACCGUGGGAAUACCUGAAGCACUGAGGAAGACAGGAAGACCCUCUUCAUUAAAGAGAGGUCAGUUAACUGGUCGUCAGAUGAUGAGUCCGAGCACCAGGAGCAAUGACACCAUGAGUGGAAUUUCUUCCCUGGCUCCCAGUAAACACUCAAGUUCCUCACACAGCCUUGCAUCAAUGCGGGUCCUAGGCUCCCCAAGCCAGUCUGCCAACCCACCCACGCCCUGGGAGGCAGAACCUGUGGCAGAAGAGUCAGGGGCACUAGAGGAUGCGAACGCAGAGAAUCUGUAUUUAAUUGGAAUGGAGCUUUUUGAGGAAGCUCUGAGAAAGUGGGAACAAGCCCUGAAUAUUCGCCAUCACACCUCCUCAACCUCCAGCAACAACAGCCUCGCUCUGCAGGGGGCAGCGUGUGGAGACUUUCCCAUGGCUGAAGCCCAUAGUAAAGGGUUUGCUGACAAGUUAGAGACUCUACUGCACAAGGCGUACCACCUACAGGAGGAUUUUGGGAGCACUAUCCCUACAGACAGCGUGCUGGCAGACUUUGAGAGCGAAGGAACUCUUAUCUUGCCUCAAGUUGGGAAUUUCCACAGACUGCAAGAUGAUGAUGCGACUACUGUUACCUCCGACCAGUCGUUCUUUUCGGCCGCAGAGCUGUUUGAUGCCAUGUCUCUGGAAGAGCACUACCAGCCUCUGAAGCCUUCAGCUCUUUAUGAAGAAGCCCUGUCUCUGGUACGAGAGGGAAAAGUGUCAUAUAGGUGCCCGAGGACUGAACUACUUGAAUGUUAUGGUGAUCAAGAUUUCCUAGCCAAACUUCACUGUGUGAGACAAGCAUUCCAGGUGCUGUUGUCAGAUGAAACUCAUCGCACGUUUUUCAUGGAGACCGGGAAGCAGAUGAUUACAGGGUUAAUGGUGAAGGCCAACAAGAGUCCUAAAGGCUUCCUAGAGAGCUAUGAGGACAUGCUGCUUUACACUCAGAGAGAGGGAACGUGGCCAGUUACACAGAUGGAGCUAGAGGGCCGAGGAGUGGUGUGUAUGAACUUUUUUGACAUAGUGUUGGACUUUAUACUAAUGGACGCAUUCGAAGACCUGGAGAGCCCUCCCUCAUCUGUGGUAGCUGUGCUGAGGAAUCGCUGGCUCUCUGACAGCUUCAAAGAGACGGCUCUGGCGACUGCUUGCUGGUCUGUCCUAAAAGCGAAAAGGCGUCUGCUCAUGGUUCCUGAUGGUUUUAUCUCCCACUUCUAUGCCAUAUCAGAACAUGUGAGCCCAGUUUUAGCUUAUGGGUUCUUGGGACCCAGGCAGCACCUAAGUGAGGUCUGCACUAUCUUCAAGCAACAAAUCGUGCAGUACCUUAAGGAUAUGUUUGACCAUGACAAGGUCCGCUUCACCUCUGCUAACAGCUUGGCCGAGGACAUCCUGAACCUUUCCCACCGCCGCAGCGAGAUUUUACUGGGGUAUCUGGGGAUCGACAGACUUCUGGAGCUCAACGGUUCCCUGCCCAGGGACACCGACAGCUCUUAGGGGCCCAAACCCAAACAGCAUGAAGAGUUACUGAGGGCUUCAUGGGGCUUGUGCAGGCCAGACGCAUUGGAGUCGCAGCUCAGCACUUGAUCUGCACUAAGACUGGAUUUAAAUCAUACUCCUGUGAUACACUGGGAACCACAGUUAAUUAUUCAUUCAUCAUCAAACACUGACAGAGGAUAUAUUUUCACGAGCAUCACUUGUUCUAAUGAGGGAAACUGGUUGGACUCCACCUCUUCCUUGUUAUCAGCUGCUGGGCUGCCUAUCUGGAGAAUGCCUACAUGUGAUCUCAGACGUGUGAAGAGGUGUCUAUAACUUGUUGGGUUUCCAGGCUACUUAAAAACACACGAAACUGAAGCAUGGGGACGAAUGAAACGGUCCCUUCCACAUUAUUCUUUCACGUGGAGCAAAUGUCUUCAGAUAACUAGUGGUUGCACCUUCCAUUCGUCUGACGUGUGAAAACACAUGGAAUAUCAUAUUCGUCACAGUUGCGUGAAAAGAAGUGUGUUGACGUGUUUUGUUUUAUAUUAAAGGGGCAAAGUUAUUUGUUAAAUCCAUGAUAAUGUCUGACAGAUUUAAAGUGUGUAAUGAAGGACGUAAUGAAGUUAUCUCCUCACUGAUGCUACUUAAGUCCCUUAGUUCCUAACCUUACCCCUCUUUAAUUUAAAGAAGUAUUUAUUCCAGUUUGAUUUGGUCAAGUAGGCUAAAAUGUGACAUAUCAGAGUGACUGUAAUAAGAAGAGUAGUGUAAUGACAAUGAAAUAAGGUCAUCCUGAAGCUAUAUGCAGACCCCAGAACAUUUCUCAUAUAGUCUUCUGGACAUAGCAGUGAUCCCGCGAAGAUGCAAGUUAUACUUUCUCCAAGUCAAAGUGAGCCCACACUUUAUCUGGAAAUGAAUCCCAUGGCACAAAACAAACUGCAAAUAACAGAAAAACUGGUUUUAAUACUAUUACAUAGGAUUGGUGUGGAUUAGCAAUAAGUACCUUAAAUUCAGCAUUAGGUGAUGCACAAAUUCCUACAGUUAAUUAGUUACCUUUCUGUAACACAGUGCUGAGCUAGGCAGAGCCCGCCACUAGUUUAUUAAUUGGUUGUGCCACUUGAAUCACUUCCAAAUAUUUGGGCCUUUCUGUGAAAGUAUACAAACCCAAGUUAUAUGAACAAAUAAACCUCUGUUUUCAGUGCAAUGUGUGAAACAGCAGUAGAUACGGAGUAUGGUUGUUUUUCAACCAUAAUUUGUUAUUCAUGAAUAUUUGAUGAGUGAAAAAAUUCAGAUUUUCUCAGUGGGUCGGAUUUUUCACAGCAGACAUUUGUCAGCAUUCUAACAGGAAAGGCACAAGUGCUAGUAAUAACAGUAACAACGGCUCUGUUUAUUCAAGUGUCUCAGUAAACCACGACGGCAAUGGUGGAAAAUUAUUGAUUGAGAUUUGAGGUUUUGCUGAUUAAACUGUGGAACAGUGUUUAUACAAGUUAGAAUUUACUCUGCUUCAGCCAAUCAUAACAGUGACAGGCUCCUUACCCAGUAAUGCAUUAGUAAUAAUAAUAAUCCUAUUAUAUAAUAACAUGUACAUACAAUAUAGCCCCAUUUAAAACAAGACUUUGUUCUUCAUAAUGACAGCUUUUACUUUUGAUAUUUAAAGUCAUUUUACUGUCACUGCUUUUUGUCAAUUUCUGUGUUUGAUUACACUGCAUUUGAUUAUUGAUUGUUAAUAUAACUAAUAGUUUAACUAAGAGCUUUUAUUAAAUAUUCUGAUUGUGCAAUCAUGGCCCAUUUUGCACAAUACCAGCACCCUGAAACCGAAGCAGAUCUAUGGAACUGGGCCAUCAUUGGUUUUAUUAACACUUGUGCUUUCCCCAAUGCAUCAAACUAAUAAGAGUUACGAUGAUUACAUUAUCAAAAUAAGAUAAAUGUCUUCUAUGGAAAAAGGUCAAUGCUCAUGGCUGUAACAAAGUGAACCCAGCGACUACCAUCUAACACCUUUUAGAGACUGAAAGAUACAACUCGGCCUCAAGUGAGAUAUGUAAUCAAAAACACAUUUUCCUUUUAAUCAAAUCCACAUACUGUGUGUUGUUGGUUUUCAUCUCUGCUCAUUGUAUAAUAGACACGACCAGUAACAGCACCAGUAUUGGUCUAAGGUUGUUUUGUGUCUGAUCUCAUGAAGACUUUUACUGAGGAACUGUGCAUUGUACAGUCUUGACUGUUACCGGCACUCUGAAGGGCAGAGCUCGUAAGUCUUUAUUUUGAAAUGCAAUGCAAUCCUUUGUCAAGAAUCAGCAUUGAAGGGAUUAUUUCCGUUUCAUUUAAACAUGAACUUGCAGCUGAUGAUGGAGCCUUUCCAGAAAAAGAUUAAGUUCUGUGUUUUUUUUGAUCUGCAGCUUUGUGUUCUGAGGCAUUUUGCACUUUAUCAGAGAAGCAGAAAGAUACAGGAAUGUCCCGCAACCCUUAUAUUUGUAAUGAUUAGUUUGAGAACAAACAUUAAGCAGUUGAAAUGACUCCACAACAGAAGUGAUGUACUGUUGAUAACACAGAGCAUAUAGUAAAAAAAACAAAAACGAUAUUCCCAGAAACCUAUGUUACGCAAGAUAUUUAUUCUGGUUACUAUGAUAACUUUAUGAUUUAGUGUCCAUGUUGAAUGUUAACAUCUUAACUGUGUGUGGUCAAAUCUGUUUUCUCCCCAGUUUCAGUCCGUUGUUGUAGAUCAUCAGCCGCAUGUAUCAUGCAGGCAAAUGCUAAUGUUUUGGUUGUUAGUCUCCUACGAUUGGUCUGCUUCUGCUGUGUCAUGAGAGUAGAUCAGUUUGAUUCCUCCUGCAGCCUUUGCAUGUUCGCAGUGUAGAUUAUCCUAAAAAUGCAUCAAUCAUAUAUGUGCUGCAACAUUUAGAAGCAGGCUCAUCCCUUUAGUUGCUGUUAUUGUUAGUUUUUAGAAAUACUCUGAAUGGAAAUACUCUGAAUGGAAUGUUUAGGAACUGAAAGUCAUUUGAAAGUAAAUAUUCAGGCAAUGAUUUAUUAUAGAUUUACGAGGAUUUCGGAUGGCCAAAAUGAGUUUACUGCAAUACAUUACAAGUGUCCUAA